AAAAAUCAUGCGAGAACAAUGCCUGAUCCAAUGAGAUUGGGAGGAGAAUCUGAUGCUCACUUUCUGCAGGCAGCACUAGCAAAGGACAAGAUUCUUGAUUCCAACUGGUGAGCCAACAAGGAUUGUUGGUUAUCUAUAUCAGCACGCUCAAAGAACUCAUCAGGCAUCAGCCUGCAAAUUCACACCAGCGAAAAGCCCAGGCGGCUCUCGGGCGAUCGGCCGGGUGGCGAGAUGACGGACAGCCGGCGGCCGGACGGGAGCUACGGGCCGGAGUACGGCCCUUUGCCCCCUGAGCAUGAAUACGCCAUGUACCGUCACUUGUCAUCCAGGAGGAGGGCCCCUUGGCCUCUGCAACAUGGGGAUGGGGAUUACCCUGGGAGGAUAUUGGAGCAGAGAUUGAGAAGAGAACCUUUUGGGCUUUCCAGGCACCCUCUGCAACCAUAUGCACCAUUCCGAAUUCGCCAUGCCAACGGCGGAGGUGGCCCAAGACACAGGCGAGAGGACCCUGGACUAACUGAUGAGGAGUUCAGGGAAGCCAUGGAUCAGCUUAGGAAGCAGGAAUACAGGCCCUCAAACCCUCAGAAGAAGAGACAUCACUGGACCGGGAGUGCCAGAGCUGGGGCACCACCGGCAGUCACAGAAGAGGAGAAAGCAUGCACCAUAUGCCUGGAGACGUUCCUGGUAGAAGAGCAGGUUGUGGUCACGCCCUGCAACCACAUGUUCCACCAAGGUUGCAUCGCCCCCUGGGUGAAGAGCCACGGCACCUGCCCCGUGUGCCGGUCUGCACUCUGCGAGAGGAGGAACGCCGUCACAGGGAACAUCAACAGCAGCAGGAGGAACGCCGUCACAGGGAACAUCAACAGCAGCAGCAGCAAUGGCGAAGAUGGUGAGGUGGAUCUGGACCUGGUGGCAAUGAUGAGGGCCAUGGAGGAGGCCUUCAGCCGGUUCAGGCUCUCUGACUUCAUGUCAUACCACCACUAGGUGAAUGAGCAUCAGGACAUGGCACAUGUAACGUUCCAACUCUACUAGCACCAGCACAUUGUAAUUCAGUUUCAUGACAUUCCGGUGCCAUCAGACAUCUGGCAAUAAUGUAAAAACUGGCAUAAGGUAUUUCCAUUGUGAUUUGCUGCUUACCAUGCAUUUA